GCGACCAAUGGCGGAACUGACAGACUAUUGAAGCUCGUUGUAGCUUAUUAAAGCGUGUUGACGCGGUAGAAACUUGUAGAAACCCAUCACAACAAGUACUUCCGUAGAUAUAAUACGAGACUUUUGGCAUUACAACUGUUUGGAAUCUGUCUCGUUGUUAGCCUCUGAAAACAAACAAGCCAGGCGGAGUCUCUUUGGAUCCAAAGUUGACGUCGUCCUCUUCAACUUGCCGCGACAUCGGUACCGACACCGACUUGACAAGAGACAUGGCCGAGGCUCGGCCGGAGGAAGAGGAGAACAUACGGAGGAAUAAUGGCGAACAAGUGAUCCGACGCCAGCCCAACAGCACCGAAGGUCGUCCUGACAGGAGGAAGCCAGAGAAUCGUCUCAGCCAAGGUCCACUGUGGUCCCUGAAGGCAGCCAUCAAGAAAACCACCAGCAGGUCCACGUCUUUCUCCGAGACACCGCGAGACAGAAACCGUGACAGAGACAGGAGGGGCUCUGGUGCCAGGCGACCGGAUAUCACCAUUUUGUCAGCUGAACCGCUCCCUUCCACAUCCUGGUUCCCACCUCCUCCUCCUCCGGCUGCACAAAUCUGGGGGCCGACGAUCCCACCGUCCAUACAGCCACCCCCCUCCUAUGACGAGGUACUACGGGAGAAGACACAGGAAGAGGGUGUCCGCACGUCCUCAGCCAUCACAUCCCAUCCAGCCUUUAGGACCAUCAUCUCCACCCAGACAGACUCUGGAUCAUCUCCUGAGGGCCAGGAGUCUCAAGCAGAGCACGUCAAACCGCUGCGUCCACCGCUCCCCCGGACUGUGUCUCAAGAUGGCAUCAGUUUACCUUUGACCCCAGCUUCUGACAGGGGCCAAUCAGAGCAGCUACCUGCAUUUGACACAGAGACGCCGAGUGCCAAGCCCCCUCUAAAUGAAGUGCAGCAACCCAGGCCACUUCCCCGAUCCAGGUCCUCAGUAACGCCUGUUAGUAACGAGGUGAAGGUUCAGACUUUGGUCAAACUGCGUGAGGACGGAUUGGCAACACUCGCUGCACGUGCUAAUGCUAACAUCAGCAAACAGGACGUGAUUCAGGGUAAAUACUUUCAAGAGCUGUUGGAGGCCUUUAGCACUGACGACUGGGGCUUCCCUGAAUGCCCAGGUGACGACAGCGGCCUCAGCCAAUCAGAGGAGGACGAGAACGAGGACGAGGAAGUGAAGGACAUGGCGACCCUAAAGGCCAGGAUCCAAGCCUUUGAGCAGCAGCAGCAGCAGGCGGGGCUUGAAAACGAGAAGGUUGGUGGAAAGAAACCAGAACCAAGACCACGCCCUCGUCUCCAAGGACCAUGUGCCAAAGUGCUUCCUCCGACCAUCGCCCCUAAACCCAAAAUCCUCCUUAACGCCCCACAGGUAGUUGACACUCUGUCAACUCAAGGUACUCCUGAGAAACUGAACGCCCAACCGGUCCCAGAAUCCGUCCCACCUACCCCUGCACCCAUUCCAGCCCCCAGACUCCCACCGGCAAAAUUCACCCCCUCCCCCAGUGAAACUCCUUCCACAGGCGAGGAUCCAUCCAAACUGCCAGUCCCCAUGCGAAUCGUGCCUCCACCUCAUGAUAGAGCCCCCGUGGUUGGUGGAAACGUGACCCCAACGCGGCCCCCCAGACCUUCCAUGCAGGUCAACAGGGGGUCUCAGACAACAAACACCCUGAAGCUAACAGGUCCCACUCCAGAACCCACGGCUUUUGUUCACGCCAAAUCACCGCCGAAGUCUGAAAUCUCCCAGCCUUCCCUCCCCCCUCGGCCUUCAAGUGUGAAGUCCCUCCCCCCGAGGCCUCCGCCCAUGAAAUCUGUGCCUGCCCGACCGCCUCCUCCUGCUAGCGUCUCAUCCGUCAGUCAGUCCAUGCAAGCACCAUCCAAUCAAGUGCAGGGUCAAAGGGCAUCAAAGAAAGGGCCACCUCUGCCCCCCCGCCCUAAUGCUGGACACCCCCUCUUUAACAGUUACAUGCCAGCAACACACUCAAAGGAUACAGAUAACAAACAUGAGUCCCAGAAACAGGACGUCCUCAUCAUCCUGGACGACCCCCCGCCGGCACACCAUCUCAUGGACCUGCAGAUGCUCCCCCAAUCAGAACUAUCAAAGCCCACUUUGGGGAGUGUCAAACCGUCAGAGUGGCCAACCAUGCAGAAACACCCAGAACCGCCCCACAUCAGCGGCCCUCGCUGUGUUGCCUUGUUUGACUUCGAGGGAAUGCAGGACGACGAGCUGACCUUCUCCCAGGGUGAUGUCAUCAGCCUCCUGGAGAUCAUCGGGACGGAGUGGGGUCGGGGCCAGAUAGCUGGGCGUGUCGGGCUCUUCCCCCUGAUCUUCACCCGAGUCACAGAGCCCCUCCCACCGGAAGGCACAGCGAAGCCACCAUUGGCGCGUGAGAUGGUGAUAGAAAAUCCCGCAGCACCACAGUCUACAAAAGACACACAGGUGGAGGAGUGGGUGGUGGCGCUCUUUGAUUUCUCUGCUCAGACUGCAGAGGAUCUGCCCUUCCACAAGGGGGCGCUCAUACAAGUGACCCAGCACGUCGACUCAGAGUGGAGGAGGGGGAGACUGGACGGGAGGGAGGGGCUUUAUCCUGCUGCCUUCACGCAGGCCUGCCAGGCUCAGCCAAUUGAAAAGCAGCAGGAAGCAACAAGAGGCGUGGCCAAAGCUCUGUUUGCUUUCACAGCCAAGAACGAGGAUGAACUCACAGUCAAGGCUGGUGACAUCAUCACUUUGGUGGAGCCUGUGGACGAGCAGUGGAUUGUGGGAGUUGUAGGGGGCCGGCGUGGGAUGGUGCCCAGAAACUACAUUUGCCUUCUUUGAUCAGUGGGAGGAGCUUAACGUGGAAUACUUUGGGGUUGUUCACACUAGAGGGUGUUCUAUACUCAUUUCGGAGUUGAAGACGUGUCCGGAAGUGUCCAGCUCUUCUUAAUAUGUGUAGACGACUAAAUACAGCGCCACGACAGUCUUAAUUGGCUAAGGGAAAACCCGCCCAUUGAGUUCUGCGUUCUGAUUGGCUGGAGACCAUUUUCAAUCAAUCUUCGUGCCGGACCACUUGUUUCCUGUUAUGUUAUUGCUAGCUGCUAGCAAUCAAGCUAGUAAGCUGAAUUGGAGGCUGAAGACACAUGGCUGUGAAUGAAUCUUUGGUUCACGAUCAGAGCGGUGAAUGUGUGAGUCUAAUCUCCUUUUAUCAUUAAAAUUAAAACUUUGAGAGUGUUUAAACCAAAAGAGAAAUGUCUGCGAACAGUGCAUUAUGUUUAUGAUGGGGUUUACAGCCUUAAACGUAAACAAUAAUUGUACAAAAAUAU